AUGGCAUUGCCAACAAACUCUAGCAUCUUCGACCUGAGUCCCAGCUCCCAAUGCAGCAGAUCCCCAGAGGAAAGCCAUGAGGCUUGGGCACAAUGCAAAGAUGCUGGCAGGCAGCUACCUGAGUACAAGGUGGUGGUGGUGGGUGCAAGUGGUGUUGGUAAAAGUGCUCUCGUUAUCCAGAUGGCCCACAGCACCUUCGUGAAAGACCAUGAUCCCACUAUCCAGGAUUCCUACUGGAAGGAAGUGGCCCUGGACAAUGGGGGCUACAUUCUGAAUAUGCUGGAUACAGCUGGGCAGGAUAUCCACCGGGCCCUGCGAGACCAGUGCUUGGCAGCUGGUGAUGGCGUGCUGGGUGUCUUUGCUCUUGAUGACCCCUCGUCUCUGGAUAAGCUGCAGCAAAUAUGGUCCUCUUGUAGCUCUCACCACAAGCAGCCUCUGGUACUGGUGGGCAACAAGUGUGACCUGGCGACUUAUGCUGAACAUGUGUAUGCUGCUGCUCACAAGUGGGGAGUCCCCUUAGUGAAGACCUCAGCCAAGACAGGGCAAGGUGUAGAGGAAGCCUUUACUCUGCUUGUCCAUGAGAUUAAGAGGACCCAGGAGGCUACAGCUGAGGCUAGCAGGGAGAAGACCCGACACCACAAAGCCAAGUGUAGCUGUGGCUGCUCUGUGGCCUGA